UACGUGACCGCCAGUCCCCACGAGAGGCUGUGGCUCGAUCUCCACCCGCGGCCCGGCCCAGCCACACGGGCCCACGCGGGCCUCGGGCUGCGCGCCGGGCCUCGGCGGCUCUGGGCGCGGCCCACGGCGGGCGGGGACACCUGGGCGGCGGCGGCGGCGCCCACCUGGGCCGGGGCGGGCACCUGCGGCUGCAGCGCCAGGCCUGCGGUUGACCCGCCAGGCUCUCCCACAACGCCUGCCGCGGUCGCCCGCGCCUCACCUGCGGGCUGUCCUCCAGCGUCUCCUCGAUGGGCAGCUUGUCGAUCCCCGGCAUCGUGGCGAAAGGAGGGCGGCGGCAGGAGACGCGGCGGCCGCCCACAGAUCAGCACGCCUGCCCGCCUGCAGCAGCUGACCCCGGCCCGCCCUCUUCUAGGCGCUGCCACCGACACCGCCCGUGCCGCCCCAGCCAGGCGCCCAGCGGCCGCGCGGGAAAUCCCGCCCCUCGGCCUCCCUGUCCCGCCUCCCAGCGCGCCCAUUGGCUUAUGGCGACGCCCGUCAGCGCUGCGGGGCUGACCGAGAGGUUCCUUCGCAGCUCUGGGUGCUUCAGUGAUCGCGGUCGGCGGAGGCGGCGCUGUCCGCCAGGGGCGGGAGCCUUCGUUACGUGGAUAUAAAUGGUAGGAGAACGUCUCCACACCGCCGGUAACCAAAGUCUCCAGUGAGGACCGCUUUGGGGAAUUUGAGACAGUGUUUCUUCUGCAGCAUAUUUCGUAAGCGACCUUGGAAAAACCCGCACUGCUGGCGCCGAAGUUUCCUCAAAUUAUAACCUUCCCGGCCCAGCCCCAAGAUGUCCGUGAAAUCUGAAAGUUGUGUCAUUCACAGGGUUUUCUGGUAUAUUUGUCUACACACAAGCACCAUGUAACUGGCUCCAAAUAAGGAAGACCUGCAAGUGCUGGGGAUUGAACCUCAAUUUUGGCUUUCUGAACUACAAAAUAAUGAGGGAUUUAUGUGAAGAUUCAAUACAAAUAUACUAAAAUGCUUUAGAAGCCACAAAGGACUAGAGAUAGUUUGUGUUUAUAUUCAUUAUAACAUUAUGUUAAAUAACUAGCAUUUAUUAAAAACCAACAUAAACAUUGUUAAUAAUGAAGCAUCAUUCUCAUGCAAAGAUGCCUGUUUUCAUCAUCACUGUUUUUAGCAUUGCUUAAUUUUAGGCCAGCAUUGCCAGUAGAACUUUCUGUAGUGAUGGAAAUGUUCUUUGUCCUAUUCUGUACAGAACCAUUAACUACCUUUGAAUAUCUAAAUUUAAAUAAGUUUAACAGUCAGUUCUCCAGUCACACUAAACACAUCUCAAGUCCUCAUUAGCCACAUGUGACUAGUGGCUCCCAUAUUAGAUAGCUCAAAUGUAAAAUAUUUGCCUCAGAAAACUCUAUUAGGUUAGAGGUUUUAUUGAUAAUAUUAAGUAUGUAAACAUCAUGUAUCCAUUUAUAAAUCUGUUUUAUUUUUUAUGCAUUUUGAAGCAAGUUAUAGAUAUCAAUGUAUUUCCCCUUUAAAUUCUUCAGCAUACAUAAUGUUAACUGUUCAGUAAUUGUUUAUGCUUUUAAAGAUAAAAUAUUAGAUUCUGUGAAAUGAAAAAUCAGAAUACCAAUCAAUGAGUAUUGACAAAUGCAUACAUCUGUGUCAUCCAAACUCCAUCAAAAUAUAGAACCUAAAAAUAUAGAAGUUUCUCCUUUUUUUUCUCAUUCUCAAUCCCUACUUCUAGCCCCCUUGUGAAGAAAGGGAAAAAACAGAAAAUUCACCCUAGUAGAAAAAUGGCUGAAGGACAUAUCCCAUAAUUUCACAAAAAAAGAAAUACAUAACACCAGUUAACAAAUAAAGAAAUAAAUGCCCAACCUUACUUGAAGAAAUACAAAAAAGAUUAUUUUGCCUACCAAAUGCAUAAUAAAGAGUAUUGGCCAGAGUAUGGGAUUUUAAUUAGUGACGUUCUAAAUCCAGCCCCCUUGUCAGCGGAGCUAUAAGGUGAACUGCAGCAAGAUCCCAGCCCUGUACACGUGGGUCCAAGCCAUCAGAAAGGCCAGAGCUCUUGCUCUGUGCAGCCCACAAGAGGAUGUCUCCCAGCCUUCAGGAAGGUGCUCAGCUUAGGGAAAACAAACCCUCAUCUUGCUCCUUUUCAAUUGAGAGCAUCUUAGGACUGGACCAGAAGAAAGACUGUGUUCCAUCCAUGAAGCCCCACAGGCCCUGGGCAGACACCUGCACCUCCUCAGAGAAAGACGCUAACCUAUCUCAAGGCCCAAGUCUUCCCAAUGGGAUCUCAUUUCCAUGUACCGUGGAUCACCCAAUGCCAGAAGAAAGAGCUUUGAAAUAUGAAAAUUACUUUUCAGCCUCAGAAAGACUAUCUUUGAAAAGAGAGUUGAGUUGGUAUAGAGGACGAAGACCUAGAACUGCUUUUACCCAAAACCAGAUUGAAGUAUUGGAGAAUGUCUUUAGAGUAAACUGCUAUCCUGGCAUUGAUAUCAGAGAAGACUUAGCUCAAAAAUUGAACCUAGAAGAAGACAGAAUUCAGAUUUGGUUCCAAAAUCGGCGUGCAAAGCUGAAAAGAUCCCAUAGAGAAUCACAGUUUCUAAUGGCGAAAAAAAAUUUUAACACAAAUCUCCUGGAAUAGGUAGAAAACUAAACAUGUGAAAUUAUCUUCCAGUUGCAGAUCAUGAAGAAUGAAUGCAAAUAUCAAGUGUUAAAAAUGUAAUGUUUUCUUUCCUGCAUUUAGUCUGAGUAUUGUCAUUUUUUUCUGAAAUAUGUUGUAAAUAAUAUUGAUUAUAGCAUGGUACACAUUAUAUUUGGACACUUUUAGUUACAAUAAAGACUUUUCCUAUAUAUUUUAAUAAAAAUUUUCAGGAAAGCUAGCUAUUUUUUAAUUGAACAAAAUUAAUCUAAUAUAUUAGUAUGCUAGAAUCAGUAAACUCAUGACUAAGUAAUUCAGCAAGCUGGAUUCCAUUUACAGAGUAUUUCAAGUAAAAUAAUCCAAAGAAGAAGAGUUAUAAUCUAUUUCAAUUAGUUUCCUUCAAGCACAUUUUGAAGCAUGAUUAUGCUUAACCAUACUAUAAAAUGUGAUUUAUUCAUGAAUCUUAUGUAUGUCUUUUUUAUUGGUGCAAAAUACUUACACAGAACAAUG